AUGCAGCUAUCAGCUAGUGCCUGUUAUACUCUUCUCGUCUUAAUCCUGGAAAAACACUCCGCAGAUUGCAAUGUUUGCAGUAACAGCUUUCGAAUCGCUGAUUACGCCUUGUUGGGUCACGUUUUAAAAACAGUGAGAUCGCAAACGUUUGAAGGGUGCCUGUUUAGGACACUCGCCCUAGGUUCUACGAAGUCGUAUUUAAAGAUACGCCAUUCUCGCAGGACACUCUACUUGGAACCAUGUGCUCUUCAAAAGCUUUGUCUGAAAUACGGUUGUUCUCCUAGAAGUAUGUAUUCAAUGGUUUUUCGCCAAUUUGAUCCUUGUGUGCCUUUUAAGGCAUGUAAGAAUGGAGGCCACUGUGAGCCCUAUCCCGUAACCCGCUGCGUGUGUCUCGAGGGAUUCUUUGGCUCCUUAUGUGAAGGUGUGUACGAAUAGGAUAAAUUAUGUGCAAAUCAUCUUACCUAAGGUAGUUGUUUAGAGACGCAUUAAUUUGAUUUCUCAUCCAGGAAACCUUCCCAUUUUAAAGAUCCCAUUUCCCCUCAUUCUCGUUCCCAGAGCUUCGAUCCUUUUGGUCAGCGGCGGGGACGAUUUCGCCGCUGACCAAAAGGAUCGAAGCUCUGGGAACGAGAAUGAUUUCCCCUCUCCAGACUACCUCUCGGCUCGCUUCCCUCGCCGAUGUUUUUUUUUUGCCCACGCCGAUUUUUUUCUUCUUUUUCCUCCAAUGCAGAGCCUUGGUCUCAGGCUAUGAUUUGUGGGAAUGAAGCCUUCGUUCCCAGAAAUAUUUAAGCGUUUUGACUGGUCAGCACCAUUGAUCUCCCGAAAAAACAUUAGGCAUGAAGGUUUUUUAGACAUGUUUAUUUCAUUUUGAUAUAUUUUUUUUAUCCCACGUUUCUGAAUGGAAUCAACGGAUUCUUGAGCCCUAUCAUUUUACAGUUUCAGUACCAGUGCCCCUCGGUUUAGAGAGCGGUUCAAUCAAAGACAAAGACAUCUCAGCAUCCUCUUUUAGACCUGGGUAUGAGGCGUAUAACGCAAGGCUUCAUGGCCACUCAUGUUGGAGACCGCUGUCCGAUGAUACACAACACUAUUUGACCAUUGCCACACAAAGCAUAGUAAAUCUGACUGGAAUUGCUACUCAAGGGGCGAGUUAUGAAGCAUGCUGGGUCACGCAAUACUCUUUGCAAUACUAUGAUGGACUGUCGUGGACCCAAUACCAAGUUGAUGGAAAUAAAAUAGUAAGUUACAUAACAAUCUUUGUUUUUCUACGUAAUGAUUGUCGUUUCCAAUAACACUGCAUUCAGUGUGCAUUGCUAUACGGUUUAAAUCAUAUACCGUAAAAUUCCGAAAAUAAGCCCCUCCAUGUAUAAGCCCCUCCAAAUAUAAACCACCCAAACCGGUAACGCAAAAAACCCUCCGUUAAGUCGCCCCUCUAAAUAUAAGCCCCCGGGGGCUUCUACUUGGAAAAUUGCCCUCAAAUACAAAGUAAAACAAAGCAAAAACAGUAAAUUUACUUCCAACUAUAAAGCUAGCCCAAUCGAUUUUGAAACCGCGCAAAUUUCCCUCCGUAGAUAAGCCCCUCCGGAUAUAAGCCCCUCCAAAAAUAAGCCCCUCAAAAAGGGCCUUUGAAAAAUGUAAGCCCCGGGGCUUAUUUUCGGAAUUUUACGGUAUUUCCGUUCCCCUAGAUGCCAUUAAGAGAUUUUCCGUAAGUCUCUCAGCAAUCUGUGAGCACGUUUUCCUGCAUGCACCCUAAAACUAAGAACAAUAUGGAACUUCUUUGGAUCAUUUGCAAUAAAAUCAGGAAAGUCCUAAAAAAUAAACAUUUGAUAUUUACCGAUUGGACUUAGGAUUGGAUUUCGGGAGUGUCCCAUUGUAUUUUUUGGUCUUUGAUGUAAAUGAACGCCGCGUUUUCCCUCAUGAAAUUAGAAUAUAAAUCAGCAUGGCAUACCCUUUGUUGUACUUACAGGACUUCGAUGGCAACAAGGACCAAAGUUCUGUUGAAAAACACGAGAUGCAGCCGUUUAGAGCUAUAGUGUUGAGGUUGUACCCGAGUGCAUGGCAUCAGUGCAUCGCCUUACGAAUGGAACUCUAUGGAAAAAGACUGCGGUCUAAAUAG